GGCGACCAGGCGCCUCUUGGCUUCUGGGACCCCCUGGGACUUGCCAAGGACAAGGAUGUGGAGGUGUUCAAGAGGCGCCGUGAGACUGAGAUCAAGCACGGCCGUGUGGCUAUGUUCGCCACCAUGGGUUACAUCGUGCCGGAGUACUACAAGUUCGAUGGCUACCUGUCCCCAUCCAUGGACCUGAAAUUCGCCGAUGUGCCAAACGGCUUGAAGGCACUCUCCGUGGUGCCCAAGGAGGGCUGGGCUCAGAUGCUUGCCUUCGCCGGCUUCCUUGAGUUGGUUGUGAACAAGAAGUCAUCUGAGCCAGGCAACUACGGCAAGGGCAACUUUGGCCUCGGCAACGUUGGAUUUGGCAAUUCCAUCCAGGAUCCUGCCAAGAGGAACAGGCAGCUCAGUGCUGAACUCGCAAACGGACGGUUGGCGAUGAUGGCCAUCAUGGGCAUGUUCUUCCAGGAUGGCUUGACUGGCUCCGCAUGGGGCGACUGGGCCAACUACACCGACAGUCCGUUGAGGGCCUUCGAGAGCGAGCUGGGCGU